CCCCGACCGAGGAAAGCACUUCAUUCCCCACAAUGCAACUCUCGCGCCUCGGUCUCGCGAGACUCGGGCGAGAGCCCCGCGGUUGGGCCGGUGUUCUCGUGGAGGAAGCCAGAAGCGCCUGGGAGUCGGGCCUGGACGGGUGACCGGGAGCCGGACGCAGCCGCAGCGGAUCGACAUGGCGGAGACGGAUCCCAAGACCGUGCAGGACCUCACCGCCGUGGUGCAGACCCUCCUGCAGCAAAUGCAGGACAAGUUCCAGAUUAUGUCGGACCAAAUCAUUGGCAGGAUUGAUGACAUGAGCUGCCGCAUUGACGACCUGGAGAAGAACAUUGCAGAUCUCAUGACCCAGGCCGGAGUGGAGGAACUGGAAGGAGGAGAAAACAAAGCGGCCACCACCAAGACUUCAACCUGCCAAUAAUUUAUGAUGGCUACAGGAAAGGGACAUUUUUACAAGCCUACACUGGUUUCCAGACACCAUUUUUGGGGGGUUUUAUUUUAUUUUUCCAACGACUAGUGUGUAAAAGCAAUUUUCUACUGCUGUAGAACUUGUGUUCUUGAUGUACCUUGUAUAACUAGAUUUGGAACCAUUUCUAUUCUGACUUCUUGUGCAUUGUGAGUUUCACAUACUUUUUGGAAUUGACGCAUUCUAUACUAAUUUCAAUUAUUAAAACAAUUUGAUAGCUUGUUGGGUCAGCUACAGUGUUAACGCUAUACAAGUGGACUUUUGUGAAUUU